AUCUGGGAAAACAAACUCACAAUCAAGUCUGCUGAGCCACAGAAAGACUAUACAUACACAGCAUAGCAACAUGGGAGACCAAAAGAUGAGACAUGAGCUUAUUAAUGGGUUGAAUGGGCACUUGUUGGAAAUAAAAGAGUUGAUUCGGAAGUCUCUAGAGGCCAAGAAGUUUGCCUACUGCCCCUACAGCAAGUUCCGAGUCGGGGCGGCACUCCUGACACACGACGGGACGGUUUUCACAGGCUGUAAUGUGGAAAACGCAUGCUUCAACUUGGGAAUCUGUGCUGAGAGAAUUGCCAUCUCAAAAGCUGUAUCAGAGGGCUACAGGGAUUUCAAAGCCAUUGCUAUUGCGAGUGAUAUGUGUGAGCACUUCAUUUCCCCCUGUGGAGGCUGCAGGCAGUUCAUGAGGGAGUUUGGUGCAAACUGGGACGUGUAUUUGUCCAAACCGGAUGGUUCCUAUGUGGAGAUGACCGUUGAGGAACUGCUGCCUGCGUCUUUUGGUCCCGAGGACUUGAGAAUGAAAAAAGUGAAUAUACGGAAUGAGUUUUGAGGAGCUGACGACUCGAAAAAAAAAAAAAAAGUCUUUGUACAUGAGAGUUUUACUGUGUAGUUAGAAAGAGGAUUAAUGGUGUUUAAUAAUGUAUUAGGGAAUGCUGAAUGUACAUUUGUAAUGUAUAUACAUUAAAGUUUGAAAUUAUUAUUUUUGAAUAAAUACAGUGAAUACAGUUACAAA